AUGAGGGACGAUUAUGAAAUCUUCAUCUGGUCUACAAUCACUUUCGGAAUGACGGCGAGUUUGGUGAUUUGGCCGAAUGAUGUCCUCAUUUCAAAUCAUCUAACAAUCGAAGAGCUUUUCCAUUCAUAUUUGGGUGAUCAAUCGAAAGAUCCAUUGGAAUAUAAUUGUCGAAAGAUUGUGCUCAAUCAGACCAUCCUUGGAUGUCUUCCAUUUGUCUACUCACUGAUCACCUUUUUCUACAGUGAUUUGCCGACUGUUUCCUCGAGAAUCCCAUCGACAAAACUUCAUUAUUUCACAAAUAUCUCCAUUUUGAUCCUGAUUGGUUCUUUAACCUAUUUCUUCUUUCAUCAUAACACAAAAUUUACUCAUUUAAAACCAAUGAAAUACUUAAAAUUAUAUUCGGAAGAUUUAACUCGAAUUCGUGCACAACUCUCCACCGAAUUCCGCAAUUUCUUUAAUUUCUCCGUCUCUUUGGCCUAUUCUUCUCGUAUCAUCAUCUCUGAUUCAUGGGUCAUGAAUUUCAAUCGAUACAAUUUCAUUAUCGUUAACAUUAGUGAUAUUCAAUUUGAAGCUGUUAAUGCACAACAAUUUGCGUUAAAUGAAACAGGUGAAGAGGUUCAAUAUGUUUCAAUUCGAGCAAAUAUUCUCAAUCGAUCAAUUCCUCAUUUCUUCUUUAGAAUUAAAGGAACUGAUUUUCGAGAUCUUCAAGACAAAUUGACGUCUAGAAUUGAAAUCGCUCGCGAAAUCAUUUUCCACGUUUCACCGAAUGAACGAUUCGUGGAAGUGUUUCAAGAGAAUGUGAAUGAGAAUGGAACCUAUCCAUAUCCAGACACUAAUUCUCUAGAGUCAUGUAUUGGAUGUUAUGCUACACAAGCGAAUGUCAAGAUCAAUCAAGGAUGUCAGCAACAAGGAAGGCAACAGUGUCGUCAAUGUUUUUGUCGUCCAAUGUGGUGCGUUUCAUGUCUAGGGAGAGUUUUUGCAGGAAAACAGGAUCAAUCCCAUCCCGAAUUUUGGCUAAAUGGGCAAGCGGAUUGUCCAACUUGUCGAGCGAUUUUUUGCGUGAGAGAUGUGCAAAUGUUAAGGGUAAACGAUGAAGAUAAUCAU